UCCAUCCACCAGAUACCCAACCUCUGGCAAACAAUACAACGGGUACAAAGCCACUCUUAGUGCGCUACCCGAUUUCAGAUUCGAGCAUAAUUGAUCUGAUGCCUAUGGUUGGCGGAUAUGCAAUUACCAACCAUACAGGAAUAGGCCGCCCUCAAAUAACGCCUAUGGUUGACAGAAGUAUGCGAUCAUCAACCAUACAAGCCCUCUAUUGUCAAAUAAUUUACCUGACGUUUAUGGUUGACAAGUUUGAUGAUGGCUCCAUUAUCAAAGCCAUUGAUGGUGGUUGUUGUCAUCCAUUAUCAAAGCCAUUGAUGGUAGUUGUGGCAACGGGAGAUGAAAUUGAUGAGGAAUUGGACCGAAGAAACCAAUGA